GUAGGGGGAGGAGACGCUGACAAACCAAGAUGGCGGCGGCGGCGCCGAAGGCCGCGGCGGCUGGGAGGUAACUGUAGUGGUGAAGGCUGCGGUAGUUGGGAGGCAGCGGCAGAGUUUGGAAGGAACGAGGCAGGACGAAGAGGCGGUAGCAGUAGCGCCAGCUUGAGCCUCUCAGAGCGUGGCAGCUACACGCCCCCCAAGGCCCUCGGCGGGCGGCGGCCGCCCCGCUUUAGGGCCUAGUCCCCGAGCAGUGCCUCGGCUUCAUACCGCGGUGUCCGCCAUGAGUCCUUAAGGGCGGUCCGAGCCCUCCAAGUCCUAGGGCCCACCAUGGAGCCGGGGUCCGACGACUUCCUACCGCCGCCGGAGUGCCCGGUGUUCGAGCCUAGCUGGGCCGAGUUCCGAGACCCUCUUGGCUACAUCGCGAAAAUACGGCCCAUCGCCGAGAAGUCGGGCAUUUGCAAGAUCCGCCCACCCGCGGACUGGCAGCCACCCUUUGCUGUAGAAGUGGACAACUUCAGGUUUACUCCCCGAAUCCAGAGGCUGAAUGAACUAGAGGCCCAGACAAGAGUGAAGCUGAACUAUUUGGACCAGAUUGCCAAAUUCUGGGAAAUCCAGGGCUCCUCCUUAAAAAUUCCCAAUGUAGAACGGCGGAUCUUGGACCUCUACAGCCUCAGCAAAAUCGUGGUGGAGGAAGGUGGCUAUGAAGCCAUCUGCAAAGACCGUCGGUGGGCCCGGGUGGCCCAGCGCCUCAACUACCCACCAGGCAAAAACAUUGGUUCCCUGCUACGCUCCCACUAUGAACGCAUCGUUUACCCCUAUGAGAUGUACCAGUCUGGAGCCAACCUGGUGCAGUGCAACACACGUCCAUUUGAUAAUGAGGAAAAGGACAAGGAAUACAAACCCCACAGUAUCCCCCUUCGACAGUCCGUGCAACCUUCCAAGUUCAAUAGCUAUGGCCGGCGGGCCAAGAGACUGCAGCCUGAUCCGGAACCCACGGAAGAAGACAUUGAAAAGAAUCCGGAACUGAAGAAGCUACAGAUCUAUGGGGCAGGCCCCAAGAUGAUGGGCCUGGGCCUCAUGGCCAAGGAUAAGACUCUGCGGAAGAAAGAUAAGGAAGGGCCUGAGUGUCCCCCCACCGUAGUGGUGAAGGAGGAGUCAGGCGGGGAUGUGAAGGUGGAGUCAACCUCACCUAAGACCUUCCUGGAGAGCAAGGAGGAGCUGAGUCACAGCCCAGAGCCCUGCACCAAGAUGACCAUGAGACUGCGGAGGAACCACAGCAAUGCCCAGUUUAUCGAGUCCUAUGUUUGCCGGAUGUGUUCCCGAGGGGAUGAGGAUGACAAGCUUCUGCUGUGUGAUGGCUGUGAUGACAACUACCACAUCUUCUGCCUGCUGCCUCCUCUGCCUGAGAUUCCCAAGGGUGUCUGGAGGUGCCCAAAGUGUGUCAUGGCGGAGUGUAAGCGCCCCCCUGAAGCCUUUGGCUUUGAGCAGGCUACCCGGGAAUACACUCUGCAGAGCUUUGGCGAGAUGGCUGACUCCUUUAAAGCCGAUUACUUCAACAUGCCUGUGCACAUGGUGCCCACAGAACUCGUGGAGAAGGAGUUCUGGCGGUUGGUAAACAGCAUUGAGGAAGAUGUGACUGUUGAGUAUGGGGCUGACAUCCAUUCCAAAGAAUUUGGUAGCGGUUUCCCCGUCAGUGACAGUAAGCGGCACCUAACCCCUGAGGAGGAGGAGUAUGCUACCAGUGGUUGGAACCUGAAUGUGAUGCCAGUGUUGGAGCAGUCUGUACUAUGCCACAUCAAUGCAGAUAUUUCUGGCAUGAAGGUGCCCUGGCUCUAUGUGGGCAUGGUCUUUUCAGCCUUUUGCUGGCAUAUUGAGGAUCACUGGAGUUACUCCAUUAACUACCUCCAUUGGGGUGAGCCGAAGACCUGGUAUGGGGUACCCUCACUUGCAGCAGAACAUUUGGAAGAGGUGAUGAAGAAGCUGACACCUGAGCUCUUUGAUAGCCAGCCUGACCUCCUGCACCAACUUGUCACCCUCAUGAAUCCCAAUACCCUCAUGUCCCAUGGUGUGCCGGUUGUCCGUACAAACCAGUGUGCAGGAGAAUUUGUCAUUACCUUCCCUCGUGCUUACCACAGUGGCUUCAACCAAGGCUACAACUUUGCGGAGGCUGUCAACUUUUGCACUGCUGACUGGUUGCCAGCUGGGCGCCAAUGCAUUGAGCACUACCGCCGGCUCCGAAGAUACUGCGUCUUCUCCCAUGAGGAGCUCAUCUGUAAGAUGGCUGCCUGCCCAGAGAAGCUGGACCUGAACCUGGCCGCAGCUGUGCAUAAGGAGAUGUUCAUCAUGGUGCAGGAGGAACGGCGUCUACGAAAGGCCCUGCUUGAAAAGGGCAUCACGGAAGCUGAGCGAGAGGCUUUCGAGCUACUCCCAGAUGACGAGCGCCAAUGCAUCAAGUGCAAGACCACAUGCUUCCUGUCAGCUCUGGCCUGCUACGACUGCCCGGACGGGCUUGUCUGCCUUUCCCACAUCAAUGACCUCUGCAAGUGCUCCAGUAGCCGGCAGUACCUGCGGUAUCGAUACACCUUGGAUGAGCUCCCUGCUAUGCUGCAUAAACUGAAGGUUCGGGCCGAGUCCUUUGACACCUGGGCCAACAAAGUUCGAGUGGCCCUGGAGGUGGAGGAUGGGCGGAAGCGCAGCCUUGAAGAACUGAGGGCACUAGAGUCUGAGGCCCGUGAACGGAGGUUUCCUAACAGUGAGCUGCUGCAGCAACUGAAGAACUGCCUGAGUGAGGCAGAGGCCUGCGUGUCCCGGGCUCUGGGACUAGUCAGCGGCCAGGAAGCCGGCCCCCACAGGGUGGCUGGUCUACAGAUGACCCUGGCUGAGCUCCGGGCAUUUCUGGACCAGAUGAACAACCUGCCUUGUGCCAUGCACCAGAUUGGGGAUGUCAAGGGUAUUCUGGAACAGGUGGAGGCCUACCAGGCUGAGGCCCGUGAGGCCCUGGCCUCGCUGCCCUCCAGUCCAGGGCUACUGCAGUCCCUGUUGGAGAGGGGGCAGCUGCUAGGGGUGGAGGUGCCCGAGGCCCAGCAGCUCCAGCGGCAGGUGGAACAGGCACGAUGGCUGGAUGAGGUGAAGCGCACGCUGGCCCCCUCAGCCCGGAGGGGCACCCUGGCUGUCAUGCGGGGACUUUUGGUUGCGGGUGCUAGCGUAGCCCCUAGCCCUGCUGUGGACAAAGCCCAGGCUGAGCUGCAGGAGCUGCUAACCAUUGCUGAACGCUGGGAGGAGAAAGCCCACCUCUGCUUGGAGGCCAGGCAGAAGCAUCCACCAGCCACACUCGAGGCCAUAAUCCAUGAGGCAGAAAACAUCCCUGUUCACCUGCCCAACAUCCAGGCUCUCAAGGAGGCUCUUGCUAAGGCCCGGGCCUGGAUUGCUGAUGUGGAUGAGAUCCAAAAUGGUGACCAUUACCCCUGCUUGGAUGACUUAGAGGGCCUGGUGGCCGUGGGCCGGGACCUACCUGUGGGCUUGGAGGAGCUGAGACAGCUAGAGCUGCAGGUACUGACGGCACACUCCUGGAGGGAGAAGGCAUCCAAGACUUUCCUCAAGAGGAAUUCCUGCUACACGCUGCUGGAGGUGCUCUGCCCGUGUGCAGACGCCGGCUCAGACAGCACCAAGCGCAGCCGGUGGAUGGAGAAGGAGCUGGGGUUGUACAAAUCUGACACGGAGCUGCUGGGACUGUCUGCACAGGACCUCAGGGACCCAGGCUCUGUGAUCGUGGCCUUCAAGGAGGGGGAACAGAAGGAGAAGGAGGGUAUCCUGCAGCUGCGUCGCACCAACUCCGCCAAGCCCAGUCCACUGGCAUCAUCGACCACAGCUUCCUCUGCAACCUCCGUCUGUGUGUGUGGGCAGGUGCCGGCCGGGGUGGGAGCUCUGCAGUGUGACCUGUGUCAGGACUGGUUCCAUGGGCGAUGUGUGUCGGUACCCCGCCUCCUCAGCUCCCCAAGGCCCAGUCCCACCUCGUCCCCGCUGCUGGCCUGGUGGGAGUGGGACACCAAAUUCUUGUGUCCGCUGUGCAUGCGCUCACGGCGCCCCCGCCUGGAGACCAUCCUGGCACUGCUGGUAGCCUUGCAGAGACUGCCUGUGCGGCUGCCAGAGGGCGAGGCCCUGCAGUGUCUCACAGAGAGGGCCAUCAGCUGGCAAGGCCGUGCCAGGCAGGCUUUGGCCUCUGAGGAUGUGACUGCUCUGUUGGGACGGCUGGCCGAGCUUCGCCAGCGGCUGCAGGCUGAACCCAGGCCUGAGGAACCCCCUACCUACCCUUCAGCCCCUGCCUCUGACCCUCUCAGAGAAGGCAGUGGCAAGGAUAUGCCCAAGGUCCAGGGGUUGCUGGAGAACGGAGACAGUGUGACCAGUCCUGAGAAGGUAGCCCCCGGGGAGGGCUCAGUGGUGGGGAUACAACCAGGAGCAGCCUCUAACCCAGCCUGUCCCCGCAACCCACCAGACCUGGAGCUGCUUUCCUCGCUGUUGCCACAGUUGACUGGCCCUGUGUUGGAGCUGCCUGAGGCAACUCGGGCCCCUCUAGAGGAGCUUAUGUUAGAAGGGGACCUGCUUGAGGUGACCCUGGAUGAAAACCACAGCAUUUGGCAGCUAUUGCAGGCUGGGCAGCCUCCAGACAUGGAGCGGAUCCGCACACUUCUAGAGCUGGAAAAGGCAGAGCGCCAUGGGAGCCGGGCACGGGGCCGGGCGUUGGAGAGGCGGCGACGGCGGAAGGUGGAUCGGGGUGGGGAGGGCGAUGACCCAGCCCGAGAGGAGCUAGAGCCAAAGAGGGGGGAGAACAGUGCCUCCAUCACCCGUCAGCGGCGGAGGAGCACUAGGGCUGAAGUCUGGGAGCUCUGGGUUCUGAAAACAAGUUCUACCGGGUUCUCCUUACCUGAGGGCAAGACGUCCUGAGUCUCCCCCUACCCCACCCCCCCAAGCCAUUUUCCCCCAUCUCCCAACGGACGGCCUGCCACCUCGUCUAAACUUCUGCCACGGCCUCCUCCAACUUCAUGCCCUCCAGUCUGUCCUCCUCAAGCCCCCGAGGGGAAUUUUGGUCUUGGCUUUAUUGAGGUAUAAUUUCUACAUCAUAAAAUUUACCUGCUUUAAAUGUAAAACUCAGUGAUUUAGAGGGAUGUUUCUAAAGUACAGAUGUGAUCUUGUCACUCUUGCUGCUUAAAACCAUCCAUGAUGCUUCAUUGCCCUUAAGAUCGAGGUUAUAUUUAUAAUCUCAUUCUUUGUGGAAUGCUUUCCUGUCUGACCCACCCAUAUGCCAUGUUCAGGGACGCUUCCCUGAUUUGUCUAUACCCUAAAGGGUUUUUUUCUGCCCCUGUGAAAUGGAGACUGAAGCUCAGAUGUGUGGUCAUUUGCAGCCCAAGUUCACUUUUACAGCUUUAUUGUGAUACAAUUUACAUAUCAUACAGUUUACCCACUUAAAGUAUACAGUACAAUGGCUUUUAGUAUAUUCUAGUUGUGCAACCGUCAUUGCAAAAUAUUUUAGAAUGUUUUCAUCAUUCCAAAAUGAAAUCACACUCCCCAGGCAUCACCCUUCCCCUGCCGUCCUCUCCCCCCCCCCCCCCCCCCCACCGGCCCCUUGACCCUAGGCCACCACUAAUCUCUAUGGAUUUGCCUAUUUUGGACAUUUUAUAUAAAUGGAAUCAUACAAUUUGUGA